UGUCUUUGUUCGUUGGUGUGAGAAGGUGACGAGUUAUAAAAGAAAAAAACAAUAAACAAAAAAACAGAGGAUUCAUCCCGAAAGUCUUCGAAUUUCUUGGUAAAUUUUUCAUUUGUUCUUGAAUCAGACUCGUGAGGAUAUAUAUAUAUAUAUAUAUCCUUUUUUUUACUGGGUAACUUCGGGGGCUUUUCAGUUUGCGUGAUUAGUAAUCAACUGGAGCAGAGAUUGUGUGAUCCAGGCUCUAGCUGCCUGAUUUGCUUUGUUUUUGGUAUAUGCAUCAACGAGAGAUGGUGGUCAAUAGUGACUUUGAUUUCUCCAGUUUUCCCAAGGCUCCUCGUUCAAUCAGGAGGAAGGUACCAUCAAGUCAGAGGAGAGAUGAUGUUGACUGUGGGAUGAUGAGAGCAAUUGAUUUGCUCGCUUCUGUUGCUGAGAAGUUGCGGGAAGAAGGCGAAACCUCCUCAAACUCUACCAAUGCAUUCGAAGAAGGGUAUUAUAAUCAGAAUCAUUUGGCUGGAAAGAUCAAGCAAGAACAUCAAGCACACCUUGCUAGCGACGUGUCUUUGGAUCCUCCUUUAGGGUGUGGAAACAAGAAAGAGGAUUGUGAAUUUCAUGUUGAAUCAGGGGGCGUCACUGAGGAGACAUGUGUUGUUAAUAAUGUAGAUGCCGGCUUGGAAGACGGUGGCUUAAUCAGCUUAAAGGAUCCAAGUCCGGAACCAGUCCACCUGGAUGGUGUCCCUAGGAAUCGUUCUAAGUUAGUUUGCAGAGAUGAUGACGAAAACUAUUGUAAAUACUAUAAAUGUAAAGACAAAUGUAAUAAGUCGUAUAGGCCUCCUUUGACAUGGGCUGGGCAUAGAAGAGCAGUCCACAGGUCCAAGUGUUUUCAAGGCACCAAAACAGAUGGUUGUUUGUACCGCAAGAGAAAACUAGGUAAUGGUUACAACCCACAGAAGCAUGAGACUGUUCAUAAGAAGAGAAGAUUGUCUGACAAAGGGUUGGUUGUAAAUUCUGAUGGAGGAGGAGGACUCACUAGUGAAAGUGGUACUAAUUCAACUGAAAAGAGAGAAUCAGAAAAUGGUGUUCUCUCUGACGCAAUAGGUCUUCCUUCAGAGGACUCGCCUGUGAAGUUCAGCAUCAAGUCCCUUAGGAUUCCGGAGCUUUUUAUAGAAGUUCCAGAAACAGCAACAGUAGGCUCACUCAAGAUGACGGUGAUGGAGGCUGUCAGUGCUUUACUCGAUGAUGGAAUAAGUAUAGGGGUGUUAGUCCAAGGGAAGAAGGUUAGAGAUGACAACAACACUCUGUCACAGACUGGUCUUUCGUGUAGAGAGAAUCUAGGCAACUUGGGCUUCACCUUGGAGCCUGGUCCGGAGAAACUGCGUGUACCUCUGUGCAUGGAUAAAUGUGAAAUAUCAUUUGAUCUUGCCAGGUCAGCAGCAAAUUGUGUGGAGAAUAAUAACCAGGAGUUAGUUCCAUAUCAAAUGGACAUAUCAGCAGAUGAGAAACAACCUUCAUCAGAUUCAAGAGCGUUGGUUCCAGUUUCAGCCUUGGAACCUGAAGCUCUUGCAAUUGUCCCAUUUAAGGAGAAACCAAAGCGUACGACGGAGCUUUCACAGCGCAGAACCAGGAGACCAUUCUCUGUUACAGAGGUAGAAGCUCUAGUACAUGCAGUUGAGGAACUUGGGACUGGAAGAUGGCGUGAUGUGAAGCUGCGUUCUUUUGAUGACGCAAGUCAUCGAACCUACGUGGACUUGAAGGACAAAUGGAAAACCUUGGUUCACACGGCAAGUAUAUCACCGCAGCAACGAAGAGGAGAGCCAGUGCCUCAAGAGCUGCUAGACAGAGUCUUGGCAGCGCAUAGGUAUUGGACACAGCACCCAUUGAAACAGAACGGGAAACAUCAAGCGGCUGCAACGAUGGUGACUGAGUCAGCUCCGUCCAUGUAAAGAAGGAGAAGGGUAAUUACAAUGACUUUCACUUGAAGACAAAGGAAGGAACAUGGGCAACUGUACAAAGAGCAUAACCGCAGAUGCAUAGCUUUUUAUUUUCAUUUUUUUUUCCAACUUGAGACUUUUAAUCAUACCUGGCAGAAACAAGACAUCUGUUCUUUUCAGUUUCUAAUUGAUUUGACUCUGUAAUAUAAUAUGGUAUUGGUGGUAGGUCCUUGAAGAUAUUCUAUUAUUUUUUUGGAUUUUUUUAAUUAUUUUUUGGA